GUGAGCGUCUCAGUCACAAAAGAGUACUAGCAAUCUCAUAAAUACUAGUAGCUGAGUUAAAGAUAGUGUGUUCCAGUAUUAACCUGCAAUUAUGGGUUGCUGUGGAAUUAUGCUGCUACUAGCUGUCGUCCUCCUGGUAACUGGGUCGACCUUAGGUGUGCCGAUGGGUUCUUCGUCUGGAUCCGGUAGCUAUUCUUACCAGACCACCACUGCUGCGCCGUACUACACCACAGUAUAUGCUGUUCCUGCUUACUACACCACAAAAGAGCCCAAGUACUACACCACGACGUAUGCUGCCCCAACGUAUUAUACCACAACAUAUGCCGCUCCUGCUUACUACACCACUAAGGCUCCCGAGUACUACACCACCACGUAUGCUGCUCCCACUUACUACACGACAAAGGCCCCGGAGUACUACACCACGACGUAUGCUGCCCCAACGUACUAUACCACAACAUAUGCUGCCCCAACGUACUAUACCACAACAUAUGCUGCCCCAACGUAUUAUACCACAACAUAUGCUGCCCCAACGUAUUAUACCACAACAUAUGCUGCCCCAACGUAUUAUACCACAACAUAUGCCGCUCCUGCUUACUACACCACUAAGGCUCCCGAGUACUACACCACCACGUAUGCUGCUCCUACUUACUACACGACAAAGGCCCCCGAGUACUACACCACGACGUAUGCUGCUCCUACUUACUAUACCACAACAUAUGCUGCUCCUGCUUAUUACACUACAAAGGCGCCCGAGUACUAUACUACAACAUAUGCAGCCCCUACAUACUACACUACAAAAGGGCCCGAGUACUACCCUGCACCGAGCUAUUACACAGAGGCGCCAGUGUAUUACACGACAACCUACGCCACUCCAACCUACUACACCGAAGCUCCCGCCUCCUAUACCACAAAGGCCCCUGAGUAUUACACCACAACGUACGCUUCUCCGUCUUACUACACUGAGGCCACGAAAUAUUACUCUGCUCCGAGCUACACAACUACUGCGUCGUACUACACCAGGACAGAAGCACCCAAGUACUACGUAGCUCCAACCUACUACACUGAAGCCACCAAGUACUAUGCUGCCCCCAGUUACACUACCACUACCGCUGCCUACUACACUACAACAGAAGCGGCCAAGUACUACGUAGCUCCGACUUACUACCCUGAAGCUGCCCGGUCUUACUACAGUGAGCCCACAUACUACACUGAGGCUCCACACGAUUAUUCUGCUCCGUCCUACUAUGCCACUGCUGCUCCUUCUUACUACACCGAGCCAAGCUACUACACAACAACCUAUGCCACCCCAGCUUAUUAUCCAGAAGCUCCAAAAUACUACUCGGCUCCGAGCUAUUACACUGAAGCCCCGGUUUACUACACCACGUACGCCAAGCCAGGCUACUCCACAGAUGCUCCACAAUACUACACUACUGCCUCUUAUUAUACCACUAAAGCCCCGGAGUACUACGCUAUGGGAAAGGCUGACUACUACACUACCACCUAUGCUGCUCCAGUUUACUACGCUGAGGCUCCGAAGUACUCGUCCCCAAGCUACUACCAGACUGAGGCCCCGCAGUACUACACCACUAAAGCAGUUGAAUACUACGCCCCAACUUAUGCUACCCCAACCUACUACACUGUAGCUCCCGUGUACUACACUACAAGCUACACUGCCCCCGACUACUAUACCACCAAGGCCCCAGAGUACCACACCUCCUCAUACGCCGCUCCCACUUACUACACCGAGGCUUUUAAGCCAUAUGCCGCUCCAAGCUACACCACCAAGGCUUCCGAGUAUUACACCACUGCGUAUGCCUCCCCUAGUUACUACACCGCAUCUCAAAAAUAUUAUUCCGCUCCUAGCUACAAGAACUGAAACUUCGGAGUACUUUGAGGGCCCCUAAAAGAUUUUAAUAGGUGAAUUAAAAAACCAUUGCUUCAUUUUUAUUUCAUAGUUAUACGGUAUAAGUUAUUUAACAUCACUAUCUUGUGUUUGUGUAAUUUUUCAGUGGAAAGUGGUACUAGAUAAGUUGUCUAAUAAAUUAUAUUUUCCGUUAAA